AUGGAAUACAGUCUUGAAAAUGUAAAGACUAUAAUCAAAGCCGUAUGUAUAUUACACAACAUAUGUAUUGAUGCUCAAGAUGGAAUAGAAACUGAAUGGAAUGUAAAUGUUCAAGCUUAUACAAAACCAGUCUGUCAUUUAAGAACAACAGGUGCUGCUGAUAUGAGAGACACAUUAGCUGACUAUUUUUCAAAAAAACCGUUGUAA